UCGAUGCCAUAGAAGAACCUUUUGGUUCCAUAAAGAACCUUUAACAUAAGAAGAACCUUUCUGUCACACAAAAGGUUCUUUGAUGCGAGAAAAGGUUCUUCAGAUUAUAAAAAAAUAAGAAAGAGAUGGUUCUUUGUGGAACCGAAAAUGGUUCUUCUAAGGCAUCGCUGUGAAGAACCUUUUAAGCACCUUUAUUUUUAAGACUGUGUAUGUUUAGAGGAAUGUAUAUUUUUAGCAAACUGUGACAGAUGACAAUGAUCAUUACAAAGUUACAUCCUGAACGCAUACAGUGUAUAAGAUAAAAUGAAAGAUCAAUAAUAUUGAAUUAAAACUUUUGUGUCAUAAAUCUUAUUAUAAAAUAGAUCAUGUGUUGUUUGGUCAACAGCCAUUUUUUGGUUCGCAAAGCACAGCCACAAUAAGCUAUUAGUAUCGCAGUAUCAUUAGUAACAGAACCCAUUGUGUAUUUUUGGCAGGGACUAAAAGGGACAUCACCAAACACUCUUUCUCUUAUGGCUCAAACUUACUGUUAACCUGUCCCCUGCAACCACCUUCCAUAUCGAGAUCAUUUUUACCAUCCAAUCAGUCCCUGAUGGAUAAAAAUAGCCGGUUUCAUUCAGUUAUAUAUCUUAUUGUAGAAGUCAAAAGGGUUGCGAACACUUUAAGAAGAAACUGCGAGUCAUUUCAGUCUGAUGUACUGAUGGCAGAUAAUCCCCAACGAUGCAUUGAAGGUUCAGAUGUAUCUUUUGUCUUUGAGGUUUUCACACUCGUCUUGUCUUUUUCUGUGUCCUUCUCAGCAGCAUUAUAUGUAGUUCUGUAUUGCGUUGUGUGUUAUUGGAGUGCUGCAUGCCGAUUAUUCCACUCAUCCAUGUGAAAUAUGAAAGGAUCGUGUAGUGGACAUCUGUUCACCGGUUAAUAAAACCAGGGCUUGUAAAGACACAUUUAAGCAGUAAUAAAACCAACCGGGGACCAAGUGGGGAAAUUAUUGUGUAUACAGUGUCCUGACUGCAUAAUGUAUAAUGUUUAUAUGAGAGAUGUAUUUCUGUCUGUCCAGCAAUGAAACAGACUGUUGAAUCGUGUGUGUAUAAAUAUGUUUGUCUCCUCACUGGCUUAUACUUCUGUUCAACUGAAUGCGUCAAGAUAUCAAAGAAUAUUUUAGGACAGGGAAUUAUUUUAUUUGGACAGAAAAGAGAAUGCUUUUCAUUUCUGAUAUUUUGUUUGUGAUGAAUCUCAAUGUCGAUGUACAGUCAAUGUAAAACUCCAAAUGUGAUGUUCAAAACACUCAAUAAAAUGUAUAUGACUAUUUUGCAUUCUUACAUUUUCACAUUAUACCAUCACCAGCUAAAUAAGUUUGAAGUGUUCUGCCUUGAUUAUAUUUAAACCAUUGCAAUAUGUUCAUUUUUGCGUUUCAGCAGCUAAUUAAUAAUGUAAUGAAUUAACAUUAAUAAUGGGAAUGAUUAAAUGUCUCAAUCAAGAUAUUUUAUUUUGUGUAAUUUUGGGGAGAAAUACCUUAAGAUGACAAAUAGCACAUGUGGCUCAGUUAAAAAACUUAAUCACUCAGAAGCAAAUAUCAGUCUGUUUACAUGAUGAACUUUCUCUUGCACUCUGCACUUUAUUUAGUUUCCUUUUUUGAAGCUCAGCUCAACUUCAGGGAUAAAUGCAGGACAUUUAUCAUAAUCUUAUCUGGUGCUCACAGAAGUGAUCAUCACGUGACACACCAGCAGCUCUCGUUGGAUGAAACAAACUGUCCGUCUGAGGAAAAACGUCUGUCGUUUACAGAAACAGUACUGCCUAUAUAAAUAUAGAGGGAAAUUGCAAUAUUGAAUUUUUAUGGACUACAUCUAGAAUCAGAAUGGAUAUUGGACACCCCCUAUUUCUGUAGAUCACAUAUUAAAAGAGAUGCAGUUCGGUGGUGGUUUAACAGCUCUUGUUUGGUGCUCAGUCUUUGCACACAUCCACUGCGACUCCUGCAGAUGCGUGACCUUACCAUCUGCAGGUGUGAGGGCGAACUGCAGCUCGCAGGGCUUUAGGUCGAUCCCUCAACUGCCUGCCGAUGUCACAGAGCUCCUGCUGCAACACAACCUCCUGACCACAGUGACUCCAGGCUAUUUCGACGCGCUCCUUAACUUACAGCUGGUCAACUUAUCCGAGAACCCGUUCAACUGUGAAUGCAACAUCCGCUACCUAAGUCACUGGCUGAAGAGAAAUCAAGCCCUGUCUGGGAUAGCCGUGUGUGCCAGUCCUGCUGAACUCGCCCACAGGCCCAUUGAUGGGCUCGCGGAUGCCGAUUUCCCCUCCUGUGUCUCCGCUGAGUGCUCUGGAUGGGUAUAUAACAGUGUUUUAUGCUUUGCGCUUUGCUUUCUCAUUGGCUUGCUGCUGUGGUGCCUGCAACUCGCCAGAAACUCGACAUUUACUCUAGGAAUCGAUGAGAGACACUCUGGACUGGAGGCCGAAGCUCUUCGAUCGCUCAAGCCUAAACACAGAGCUAGGAUGAGACGCAGUAUUGGAAGUGAUGACAUGGACAACCCUUUACUGAACAUGGAACUUCUUCCUCAGAUACUGGACGUCCUGCACAAGCAGCACAACAUCAAGAUUAAAGUACCAUGAUGGGACGAACCACAUUUUGACAUGUGUCAGUGGUCGCUAUCUCUUCCGUACAAAUUACGUCAUUCUGCACAUUUAACAGUUUAUACACUUGAUAUAUGUUUUUUUUCCAAAAGCGACUUAUAAGAUAUGCUUUCACUGGUGCUCCUUGGGAGUUGAACCCUAGAACAUGGCAUAAUAGAGCCAUGAACAGUUGAGCUACAGGAACGUCCUGAAAUAAAACAUUUACAUUUCAUGUAACAUGGACAAACAUAUUAUUCAAAUGUAAACCUUUUACGUGCUAUCUAAGGUGGACUUGAGUUUAGAAAGAUUCAUUGUGGCGUAAAGGCUCAUUUACACCAAGAGCAAUAAAUACAGUACAAUAACUAUACUAGCGUCCACACUGACAGAUGUUAAAAUUCUAAGCUGGAGCAUUUUACAUUUUAAAUAUGCAAGCCCUUUAUACUCAUAUAGAUUUUUCAAUGUCAAUGUUUUAUGAGCUGGAAAAAUUGCUCUUAAAGUUAUACCAAUUAUAUCGAUCUUCUGUACAGUUACUGGUCUCAUAUGAAAUGCAUACCAGUUUUUGCAGCGCCACAAAAAAAUAUUGCUACAGUUUUGAGACACAAAUGUCCACUGGGGGCGCUAAAGAGAAGGACUGUAUUGGUCCGCUAGAUGGUUGAGUGCAUAGUGCAUGCAUAAUAUGUAAUUUGGGACACAACACAUUUCUAUUUCUGUUUAUGUCUUUAUGCACUUUUCUUAAUAAGACAUCCUUUAAAUUGUUUAAAAAAUUAUAUGUGUUGUCAGCACAGUAAUUACACUGUAUGCAGUUGUUUUGGUAAAAUAGGAAAUAUGUCAUCUUGUAAACCACGCUACACAUUUUGUAAUUGAAACGGGUGUGACGGUGAAACAGUAAUUAAAAAUGUGAAAGAGUGACAGAUGAUGACAGUGAAAUAUCAGUUAAAGAGAAAAUCAGCUAAAGCGUCUUGUUGCCAUAGUCAAUAGGCUAUAUGUUGUUGUAGUUAUACUAAGUAAUCCUCUUAAUGUGUCACAAUGGAAUUAUUGCAAUGAAGGGGUGAUAUAGUGGGGAUUAUCGCUUACAGUACAUAGUGGUUUCUUGGUGUGUGUAGUUUUUGGGACGUAUCGAGGUGGUCCGUCCAGGUGGGAUGCAGUAGAAGCCCUGCAGGUGAUAUAACCACAGAUGUCACUGUACCAUUACACAAAAAGAUGUUCACAUUGUUCAAUCUUUGCAUUUACACUGUCCUUUUCAGAACCCUAAUACAGAGGGGAAUGAUGUGGAAAUGAAGAAAACUAAAAAUAAAGUACAUCUGUUUCUGACCAGAAGUGCGAUUCAUAUCCUGGAACACAAGACAAAGAUGAGGAAACGUUUGCACUUCAGUCGGAACUGGAGGCUGUGGAGAAGCAGAUCCAGGAUCUACUAGAGAAGCAGACACGGCUGCGAGAACGUAAAACGGCGCUGGAACGCGUGUUUCUCUGCACAGAGCCCAGGCUUCAAGAACACGGUCAGUGCAAAUGAACUUCACUCCUGCACCGGCACACCCACGCCGAAAGGCACGAGCCAGGACUGGAGCGAUGACCCAACCGCCGCCACCGGUCUUCGAGAUCCCGACCAGGAACCGCUUUGCCGCCCUCUGCGAGACGGAAUGCAACGCUGUGGUCAUCGGAGACUCAAUCGUCCGCAACGUACGCGCUUCCUCCAUUAAAGGUAAGGUGCGCACUCAUUGUUUUCCUGGCGCCCGUGUUCUUGAUGUCUUUGCGCAGGUACCUGCGAUCCUGAAGGACGAUGCUAACGUCGGAGCUGUCGUGCUGCACGCGGGGGUGAAUGACGUCAGGAUGCGGCAGUCGGAGAUUCUGAAGAGGGACUUCAGGAGUCUGAUCGAGACGGUACGCAACGCAUCGCCCACGGCGAGGAUCAUCGUAUCAGGCCCGCUUCCUACCUACCGACGAGGGAAUGAAAAGUUCAGUAGACUAUUUGCUCUAAAUAAAUGGUUGAUGUCAUGGUGUAUUGAACAGAAGCUGCUCUUUGUUGAUAAUUUUGAUCUGUUCUGGGAGCGACCUAGGCUCUUCCGCCCUGACGGCCUGCAUCCCAGCAGCAUCGGAGCGGUUCUUCUGUCUGACAACAUCUCAAAGACGCUACGCACCACUUGACUACGUCUCCCAGCGGGAGAGAUUCCGCCAGGCCCAGAUGAACGUCAUAUGCCCAUCCACAACUAGAGAUUACGCCAGCUACAUCGGAAAAUCCCGUGCCAUCCUCCUGCGAGAGCCUGCGGACUGACUGACCAUCCAGCUCCAUCCAAGGCAAUUCCAUCACCACCCAAGAAAAAGGCGACCAUCUGGCCGGCCCAGCUCAGACAAUUCCAUCCCCAACCGAGAGCAAAGACGGACUACCUGUCACAUAAAUGCUAAAUUUACAAUACUUGGUAUUUAAUGCUAAACUUACAUCACACGACAGCAGUUUGAAGUUAUGGCUGCACUCAGUGACUUUGAUUGGAGGUAGCUGGGUGGGUGUUGUAGGGAGUGGGGGGGCUUGUUGGUUGUGGUUCGGGGCGUUUCAUUUGUUGGGACUGUGUGGGUCUGGUCUGGUUGGUCUUGUUUUGUGGUCGAUGUCGGACAACAGAGGAAUAAAGUUAAUUAUGCCAUUACUACUUUUCCCUGGUUGUUCCUCUGUUGUCUGUUGUUGAUCGCGGAAUGGGACCGGGUUGGACCUGCACGGUUUCGGCGGGUGGGGCUUCCUGGGUCGCGGCUCGUGGGCUCUCCCUGUUCUUCGUGGACGUUGCUCGGUGGCUUUGGUCGGGGUCACUGAGUGCAGCUAUGACACGUCAGAGGAGAUCUGGCCCUCCCGGCUGAGCCUGGUUUCUCCCGAGGUUUUUUUCUCUCCAUUUAUUCAUCAUUGGAGUUUGGGUUCCUCGCCACAGCAGUGCAGUGUUGGCAUGCUCACCGGGAGACUGCAUUUAUUUAUUUAUUUAUUCAUUUAUUUAUUAGAUAUUAUUUAUUAGAAUGAUCUUGCUUGGUCUAUAAACACCAUGCACUGUGCUGUGUUUUACCUUUCUGUGUUUUUCUUAUUUGCUCCUGUAAAGCUGCUUUGGAACAAUGCACAUUCUGAAAAGCGCUAUAUAAAUAAAAUUGAAUUGAAUUGAAUUGGUUUUCCGGGAGAAAUGUCCAAUAAGGAACUAAGAAAAGUUGUCACGAAACAGAU